AUGAAUUUCCUUGCUAUUGAGAUCACACCUCACACCAAUGGCGGAUCAUCCCAGGCGAGCUUUCGGAACGAGGAAUGUGAUGGCGGUAGUCUGCGGAUACAGAGCGAUCCGAGGUCGACCGAACUUCGGGAUAUGGGACCCAACAGGCAGACUGCAUAUCUUCCCCAGAUCGCCAAUGCGAACAAGCUACAGUCAAACCGACUAUCCAUCUCGGCUAGAAUGGCAAACCAGAGUGACUCGCGCCUUGCUGUCCGCGACUAA